AGCCUGGUAUUUGAACGCACUGCUUUGUCAACUAAGGAGAGGAGAGAAAAUCGUUAAUUUCGCUGAACUACCUCGUUUCGUCAGCUAGCUUACGAAUGUUUUUAUUUUAUGAGUUUCAUAGAAAGUUAAAAUAAAAGUGUGUAGCUAGUUAUCCAUAAGGCUGUAAAAAUGUCUGCGGUCAUGAUUAUUUCCCCUUCGUAAAAAAAAAUUCGACCAUUGACAUUGAGAACGCAGGCUAGCACUAGUAGUAGACUAGUACCUUCAAUCAAUUUUUUUCAGACUCCAUUGAGAGUGAGAAGACUUGUCAACAGGAGGAAGUGACCUGCUUGUCAACGUCGAAAGCGAGGCGGGGUAGAGAGCUUAGCUCGCUGAGAGCGCCGAUGAAGCGUCAGCUAAAUAGACUAUGCGAGAGCUAACGUUUGCUGCGGAAUAAGUUUUUUAUUGUUGGCUCAAAUACUUCAUUGGAUUUAAAAAUUCGACGCCGGUGAUUUCAAAACAUUUUGGAAAUUAUCCGAAAGGACGAUUUUACCCCAGGAAAUGGACCAGAAGCCAUAUUUGGAAACAGAAGCUGUGUUACUUUAGAAACCGAGAAAACCAGUCAUACAUUGCUGGAGCAGAAGAUUGUCGUUUCCUUACAGUCUGUCUGGUUAAUGUAAAGCGCAGGACGAGACCAUCAUGGAUGUUUUCUCCCGGCCCAGCGGGGAAAUUCAAAGGAGAAAUCCACAACAGGAUUUUGAGCUUAUUCAGCGAGUUGGAAGCGGUACAUAUGGAGACGUGUACAAGGCCAGGAACAUACAGACGGGAGAGCUUGCUGCUGUGAAAAUAAUCAAGCUGGAACCAGGGGACGACUUUUCCAUCAUCCAGCAGGAAAUCUUCAUGGUGAAGGAAUGCACGCACCAAAACAUUGUGGCGUACUUCGGCAGCUACUUGUGCCGGGAGAAGCUAUGGAUCUGCAUGGAGUACUGCGGCGGGGGAUCCCUCCAGGACAUUUACCACGUGACUGGCCCCCUCUCCGAGAUCCAGAUCGCCUACGUCUGCAGGGAGACCUUGCAGGGCCUGGGCUAUCUCCACUCCAAGGGCAAGAUGCAUCGCGACAUUAAGGGCGCCAAUAUCCUGCUAACAGAUAAUGGGGAUGUGAAGCUAGCUGAUUUUGGAGUCGCCGCCAAAAUAACGGCUACAAUUGCCAAGAGGAAGUCUUUCAUCGGGACUCCUUACUGGAUGGCUCCUGAGGUGGCUGCGGUGGAGAAGAACGGAGGCUACAACCAGCUGUGCGACAUCUGGGCUGUGGGCAUUACGUCCAUCGAGCUGGCCGAGCUGCAGCCCCCCAUGUUCGACCUGCACCCAAUGAGGGCUUUAUUUUUAAUGUCAAAGAACAGUUUUCAGCCUCCGAAGCUAAAAGACAAAACAAAAUGGACCCCGGCUUUCCACAACUUUGUCAAAGUGUCUCUGACCAAGAACCCCAAGAAGAGGCCCACAGCAGAGAAGCUCCUCUUGCACGCGUUUGUAGCCAACGGUAUUCUGACCAGGAGGCUGGCUGUGGAGCUCCUGGACAAGAUGAACAACCCUGACAACCAUAGCCACUUCAGCGAGGGGGACGAUGACGAUCUGGAGCCCCUUGCUGCAGUGAGACACACCAUCCGCUCCACCAACAAGAGCUCCAGAGCAGAGAGGACGCGCUCCGAGAUCAACUUUGAUAAGGUGCAGUUUGAACCUCCACUCCGGAAGGAAACUGAGGCUCACUCUGAAAUGGACGUGACCAAAGAGAACGAUUUCCCCUCCCCCUGGAGCCCCUUCUGUGAGGGAGGAAUCUCCACCAAGGGACACAUCGCCCAUCUGGAGGACGCUUUUGAAGACGUGGAGCUCUCCACUCUCAAGCCCGGAGCCCCUCCCCCGCUGCCCCCCAAGCCGCGUUUGAGCAGCUGCUCUGAUGAGGUGGGCCUGAGUGACGAGCGGUGCGUGACGGUGCGGCGCUUCCCCAGCGCGGAGAACGGCCCGUCCGCCGGCCCGCGCCGGCAGAGCACGCCCGAGCAGGGCAGCGGGGCCGAGCACGUGCUCCCCGACUACCUGACCGUCAGCGUCAGCAGCCCCGGCCUGCUGUCCCACGCCGUGGAGGAGGAGCAUGACGAUGCAGAGAGCGGUCUGAAUGGGGACGGGUCCAAGCACGCCCCACCCACACCUCAGAGAAAGGAGAAGAAGGAGUUCCCGAAGCCUGCCAUCAAUGGUCUGCCUCCAACCCCCAAAGUCCUGAUGGGUGCCUGUUUCUCCAAGGUCUUUGACGGGUGUCCCCUGAAGAUCAACUGUGCCACAUCGUGGAUACACCCGGAUACGAAAGACCAGUACCUCAUUUUUGGGACAGAGGACGGAAUUUACACUCUGAACUUGAACGAGCUGCACGAGGCCACGAUGGAGCAGCUGUUUCCAAGGAGGUGUACCUGGCUGUACAUUAUCAACAAUAACCUAAUGUCGUUAUCGGGGAAGUCCUUCCAGCUGUAUUCCCACAACCUGAUUGGCCUGUUCGAGCAGCUGAGGAAGCCAGGCCUGGCCGCCCAGUUCCAGACCCACCGCUUCCCAGACAAGAUCCUGCCCAGGAGGUUUGCUCUGACCACCAAGAUCCCGGACACAAAGGGCUGUCACAAGUGCUGCAUCGUGAGGAACCCCUAUACGGGACAUAAGUACCUGUGCGGGGCGCUGCAGUCUGGCAUUGUCCUGCUCCAGUGGUACGAGCCCAUGCAGAGGUUCAUGCUCAUUAAGCACUUUGACUUCCCGCUGCCUAGCCCGCUGAAGGUGUUUGAGAUGCUGGUGGUGCCGGAGCAGGAGUACCCCAUGGUGUGCGUGGCCAUCAGCCAGGGCAGCGAGCCGGGCCAGGUGGUGCGCUUCGAGACCAUCAACCUCAACUCCUGCUCGUCCUGGUUCACCGAGAUCGGCUCAAGCGCGAAUCAGGUGGACGCCAUCCACGUGACCCAGCUGGAGAGAGACACGGUGCUGGUGUGCCUGGACAAGAAUUUGAAAAUUGUCAAUCUCCAGGGCAAAUUGAAGUCGAACAAAAAGCUGGCCUCCGAGCUGAGCUUUGAGUUCUGCAUCGGGUCUGUGGUGUGCCUUCAGGACAGCGUGUUGGCCUUCUGGAAGCACGGCAUGCAAGGAAAGAGCUUCAAGUCCAACGAGGUGACUCAGGAGAUCUGCGAUCCAAGCCGGGUUUUCCGUCUGCUGGGAUCCGACAGGGUGGUGGUUCUGGAGAGCCGGCCGACAGACAACCCCACAGCCCUGAGCAACCUGUACAUCCUGGCCGGGCACGAGAACAGCUACUAGGCCCAGCCCGUAGGGCGGGGUCAGGAGGGAGCCGGAUCCCCCGCCCCCCGCCCCCCCCCUCGGAAAGCAGCCUUGUUGUAGCUGAGAUGGUGGCAGGAUGCAGCCACUCUGUUCCUGGUGCUCUCCAGACUAUUACAAACAGCAGCCAGCCGGGACUUCCACAGGGGCUGUGGAGCAUCGCAGAGGGCUAGCACUGGGGUGGGGGGGGGGGUCCUCCAACUGCCAUCUUAACCACCUCCCCCCCCCUCCCCUUUUCUGGCAUCCCUCCGCGACAGCCUUACACCACACGCCCAAUGUGCUUAGAGAGUGGGGGGCGGAGGCGGGAACGCCAUGCUUGUGGAGCGGUGCGUGGACAGCGGACAGUCCAGCCUGGGGCUGCUGUGCGGACGGCCCCAGGCAGUAGCCUCACUCAGCCACCCAUGUGUAGCAGUGACACCGCCUGUGAGCUAAGGCAAUGUAUACACACCUUUAGGUCAGAAUUCAUAGCUUCUGUAUGAAAUGUGCCAUGGAAGAAUGAGUAACGAUAAUAAUAAUAACAAUUUAGGUUGGUCUGUUUACUCGAUGCUGAGGGGAAAGACCGACUGUAUUCUCGUAGAAAUGGUCCAACGGAACACAAGACUAAUGGGAGAGAUUCGUUGCUAAUAUGCUGAGCCUUGAAUUCGUGGAGAGAAUUAUUUCCCCCACCCCCCCACCCUUCCUCCAACUCUGUAGAAGUUUACCGACUGAUAUAGAAAGCAAUAAUAUGAACUGCCAUAGCGUUUUGGUUAAGUGGGCUAUUUAAGCGUUAUUUAUUAAUCUGCGAGUAGUGGAGUAUUUUACUUUCAGCUGUGUUAACCAAUGACAGGCGCAGUUCUGCGACAUGUGGGACUCUGCUCCUUCAGGCAGGUUGCUGAGCAGCUUCGGGUCAUUUUAUCGCUCUGUAAUAUAGAGUUGCUUUUCCUCCGCUUGGUUCUUUUUAGAUUUUGAAUAUAAUGUAAAGUGGUAAACUUUUUUUUUUUUUUUUUUAAUUGUUACUUUUAUUCAAUAUUUGCACCAUGUAAGCACUUUUGUACAUUUUAUUUGUUGUUUUGUAUUUAAAUACGACAGGAAAAAAAAACGUGGGGGAGGAGAAAACAAAAACAAGAUCGGUUUUCAUAACAUCAGUAUUCCCUGGUUAAAAAAUUUUAAUGUAUGCAGUUUUUGUAAUAAAAGCUAUUCUGUUAAUAAUAAAAAGGGUUGUGCUAGG